AUGGGUAAGAGAGUGUUUGAUGAAAUGCCUGAAAGGAAUGUGGUGUCAUGUGAAGACUUUGUUGCAGUGCAUGUGAUGUUCUAUGACAUGGGGGGAAGCAGUACUUAUGCUGCCUUGGUUUAUUUCUCGGCUUACAAUGCUAAAGAGUUUGGAAAGACCAUUUCUGUUAAUCAAUUCCAGGUGAAAGAUGUUAGAUGGAAUGCAGAACUUGGAGGUGAAAAUAUGGAGCUGUUGUUGGUGGAAUACUUUGUAGACGAGUUCAACAAACAGCUCGGAAAUGGGGUUGACAUCAGAAACAAUGCAAAGGCAAUGGCCAAAUUGAAGAAACAAGUUAAGCGUACCAAAGAAAUUCUUAGCGCGAACACAAUGGCCCAAUCUCUGAAUAGCCAUUGGCACCAAAUUACUGGAAAAGUGAUAAAGUCGAACGUAAUCCUUUGCUGA